CAGGAGGGCCUCCGGCAAGAUCUUGAAGUACGACAAGAGCAAGGGGUUCGGCUUCAUCCAGAACGCGGAGUUCGAGAACAUCUUCUUCCUCCGCAGCGGCCUGCCGAAGGACGUGCUGGAGGGUGACAUGGACGCGCUCAAGGAUCUCGAGGUGUCCUUCGAGUUCUACAUGAGCGAGGAGGGGAAGCCCCGCGCGCGGGACAUCGUCCGCAAGGAGGACGGGCCGCCCGACGACGGGCCGAUCCCCGAAGGCGAGAUCCACCUCGGGGUGAUCCUCCGGUACGACCCGCAGAAGGCCUACGGCUUCCUGAAGCCCGACGACGUGCCCGAGGACGUCUUCUUCCUUCGCUCCGCGCUGCCGGAGGAGCUCCGGGAGCCGAACAACAAGGCGGACAUCGAGAAACGCAGAGUCGAGUUCACCAUCAAGACCAUGCCAGAUGGCCAGCGGCUUGACGGG